GCGGCAUUGGUGUCAUGGCGGCGGCGGCGGAGGAGCCGGAGGUGGACAUCGAAGGGGACCCGGCGGCCGUGCCCGGAGAGGCGGCGCCGGGGUGAGUGAGGGCCGCACUGCGGGCUGGUAACUCUGCCGCUCUGGUGAGCGCGUCCCUUCUCCACCGGCGGGCAGGGUGUGUGUGGCCGCGGCGGCCGGGAUUCGCAUGAGGGGGCGGCGAGAGGGAUGGCUACCUCUUGCUGAGGGGGCUGCCCGGGCAGCGCUGCGCUCACCCGAGACCUCGGACGCCGCCAGUGCUUCCCGCCGCCAGGCGCCUCAGAGGAGAGACCUUGGAUUUUCACUGAGAGCCGGGGAGGGCGAGGGAGCGCCAGUGUUGAGCCUCGUGAAAACGAGGCCUGUGAAAUCACUGAAGUGAGAGAUUGUGAAAAUACAGCUUCAAGCUUGCUGCAGGAUCACUAUCUUGAUUCAUCCUGGAGAACUGGUAAUAGUCUCCCGUGGACGUUGGACAGCAGCAUUAGUGAAGAAAACAGGGCUGUCAUUGAGAAAAUGUUGCUGGAAGAAGAGUAUCCUUUUGCUGGUUCACUUGUUAUGUUUUCCUAUAGAACAACAGAGAACUUCCUGUUUCCAAAGGAACUGGAUAAUUCUUUUCUUGUUAAGGUGACUGAAACACUGUCAUCUUGUGGGUAGAUUGCAGAAAUCAGGGAUGACUCCUGAAUUAAUCAUCUUGCUGCCUGCAGCUUCCUCUAGUGCUCCUGAUUCUUCAGAAAAUUGCUCCAGAGCGUGUCAGAUUUAAGCUGGCACUGACACCAAAAAUACCGAUAUUUGUCCCCACUUCAGUGGCUUGUUCAGUGGCACCUCCAGCACUGUGCUGAUGCAGCGGUUCCCGUGGCUUCAUAAUGAACCUGAUCAACCAGCUGAUGUGACUAAAAAUAGCUAGUUGUUUUUGCUGAAUUGUUCUUCACUUGGAUUGGUUUGCUGUCUGAUUUUGUCUGCUACGUUCACACUUCUGCUAGCAUGCGGAAUGAAAAGAGAAAGGAACAGCUGCUGCUUUUUUAACUUUUUUGUUCUUGGUGUUGGCUUAAGUAGUCUUACCAGUACUAGCUUUGCUGGCGUAAGUUGACCUCACAGACUAGCCCACAUAAGAAAACUGCAAAAGUCAUGGUGCGAUCCCCUACAAAAUCAGUCAGCUACCCAUUAAAGUGGACAUCAGAAGAGAAAGAACUGUUUGAACAAGGACUGGUGAAAUUUGGCCGCCGGUGGACAAAAAUUGCCAAGUUGAUUGGAAGUCGCACUGUUCUGCAAGUAAAGAGCUAUGCUCGGCAGUAUUUUAGGAACAAGGCAAAAAAUGGUGAUUCUGAAAAAGAAGAGCAAAGUCAGUGUGGGAGCAGUCUUCCCAUCGAAGAUGGGAUGAGGAUUGAAGCGUGGUCAUCAGGAAACCUGAGAGGCCGUGCAGACCCCAAUCUGAAUGCAGUGAAAAUUGAAAAGCUGUCAGAUGAUGAAGAAGUAGACAUAACUGAUGACAUGGAUGAACUUUCUCCUACCUUCCAGCAAGAAACUGGAAAAUCUGAAUUACCCGUUAUUUCAAAAAAUCCAGUUGAAGAAAUGAAAGGAAUGGAACAUAAUUUUUCAUCUGUUGGACACAGUUCUGCAAUUUCUUUACCUAAAGAUUCUCAACAUGCCAAGCAAGAUACAGUGGAUGCAUUAGUAUUUCCAGGUGUUGCAGCAACAUGUUCUCAGCACCUGAAUGGUGAUAAAUCUGUGAACGUAGAUGACCAGCAAUACAAUUGUUUUAUUGAAAAAGCUGAACAAGGCAGACUAGUAACAUCUCAUGGUAGUAAACAAGUAACUGAUCGAGAGCUUAAUGAGGAACAGAGAGAUCUCUCUGACAGUGGAUUGCUUUUUCCAUCUCCCUGCCAAGUGGAUGAAGAUCAUCAAGAAGAAGCAGAGGAGCUUAAGCCACCUGACCAAGAAGUGGAGAUUGACAGAAGUAUCAUUCUGGAGGAAGAAAAGCAAGCUAUUCCUGAAUUCUUUGAAGGGCGCCAGGCCAAAACCCCAGAGCGUUAUUUGAAAAUUAGGAAUUAUAUUUUGGACCAAUGGGAGAGAUGCAAGCCCAAAUACCUGAAUAAGACUUCAGUACGUCCAGGCCUUAAGAACUGUGGUGAUGUUAACUGCAUUGGACGGAUCCACACCUACUUGGAAUUAAUAGGAGCGAUCAACUUUGGCUGUGAACAGGCUGUCUAUAACCGUCCCCAGCCAGCUGACAAAACGCGCUCCAAAGAAGGCAAAGACACGGUGGAAGCGUACCAGCUGGCCCAGCGCUUGCAGUCCAUGCGUACAAGAAGACGGCGAGUCCGAGACCCCUGGGGAAACUGGUGUGAUGCAAAGGAUUUGGAAGGACAGACAUUUGAGCAUCUGUCUGCUGAAGAACUAGCAAGAAGAAGAGAGGAAGAAAAACUGAAACCUGCAAAGUCUUCUAAAGGUUCAAGACAAGUAAAAAGUUCCUUUGAUCCCUUUCAGCUGAUACCGUGCUGUUUAUUCACUGAAGAAAACCAGGAACCUUUUCAAGUGAAAGUGUCUUCUGAAGUACUUUUAAUAAUGGAUUUGCACUCUCAUGUGUCUAUGGCAGAAGUAAUAGGGCUGCUAGGUGGAAGAUACUCUGAAGCUGAUAAAAUUGUAGAAGUCUGUGCAGCAGAGCCAUGCAACAGCCUCAGCACAGGACUACAGUGCGAGAUGGAUCCGGUGUCCCAAACACAGGCCUCGGAGACGCUGGCAGCCAGAGGAUACGGUGUUAUCGGGUGGUACCAUUCCCACCCAGCCUUUGACCCCAACCCCUCCAUACGAGAUAUUGACACUCAGGCUAAAUACCAGAGUUAUUUCUCCAGAGGUGGUGCCAUGUUCAUUGGGAUGAUUAUAAGUCCUUACAACCGAAAUAAUCCUCUCCCGUAUUCUCAGAUUACUUGUCUCGUAAUUAGCGAUGAGAUGAGUUCUGAUGGUUCCUACCGCCUGCCCUACAAAUUUGAGGUACAGCAGAUGUUGGAGGAACCACAGUGGGAAUUAAUAUUUGAAAAAACGAGAUGGAUAAUUGAAAGAUACAGAUUCUGCAACAGCAGCGUCCCCAUGGAUAAGAUUUUUCAUAGAGAUUCUGACCUGACCUGUUUGCAGAAACUUUUGGAGUGCAUGAGGAAGACUUUGGGCAAGGUAACAAACUGCUUCAUUGCUGAAGAGUUCUUGACUCAGAUAGAAAACUUAUUCCUUUCUAUGUACAAGACUGAGAAAAAGAAUAAUGCUGAAGAAAAUGGGAAUGAAUGUUCGACUGAAUUGCCAACGUGAUGGCUGUAACAAAACAAAAUGAUGGGUUUCUGGUUUCAUUUUAUCAUUUUCUUCCCUUCACCCCCUUAUGUCAGCUCUUUAAGAAUUAUUAUCCAUUCUAAUAGCAACCAUUACAGACUCCAGUGUCAUCUUAUUGUUAUGGUUUAAAAAGACUUUGGAAAAUUCCCAACAUGUGUGACCUGACUACCUGGGGAAUGAUGAACACCAACAUCUUAUAAAAACAUGAGUGCCACAAAAUUACUUGCUUGACCAACAGCCUGCCGUUUGGGAACAGGACUAAGCUGGCAUGAGUCCUGUGCUUCGGUCCUCAAGGAGUGUUUGUCCUCUCAAGUCUUUCAGUUUGGGAAUUUUCUCUUAUUUUUUAUUUACAUAUACCCAUGUAACUUGGAAUUAAUUUGUUCCUUUAUGCUUUAGACCUUUUAAGUUUUAUUGAAUUAAUGAAAGAGAAACUUAAAACAACUGAGAUGAAAAUUUUGUAGCUCACUGAUUUGAAACUUUCCUGGUCUUUGGUCUGAACUUUUAUUCACAUCAUCUAACUCGCUGAUUACUUUUUUUUCCCCCAUUGAUUCCCUGUCAAGCAGCUUUUUAGCCUGUUCUUUGCCAUCUUGUUUUGAUAUUCAGGGAGGAAAAGCUGGCAAGUUUUCAUGACUUCUCAGUAGUAGUUGUGCUUGUUUCCAGUGGAAAUGGUAACUCCUGUCUUCUGACAGAUUGCUGUCUUUCUGAUCUUCUAUUCUAUGAGGAGAUAUUGUGUUGUUUUGCCAGAUGGCUGUGAUUUGUCCCUUUGUAAUUGCCACUGUUUCCUGUGGAAACGAGCUCUCAACUGAUGGCAAACUGAGUACCACAAGCAAAUAAUAUUUGCCUUUUUAAAGAAAAAAAACCACAAAAUUUUAUGUUCAGAGUCUUCUCUAUAAUGUGCAGUUCAAUAAGGAAACCUGUGGUUUUGUAUCAGUUCUUCAGGAAUAAUUUGAUACAAGUAUACAUUGAGAUAAAUCAGUCAUAAACAGAUGAUCAAUCUUCAUUGAGACGUGUCUUGAUUGCAACCUGGAAAUGUUUCAUGAGCUAUCACUGUGACUCUAGACAAAAUGUGCUUCACAUUUUGUUUUCUAAACGAUGAGGAAACAUGACUUGUAUACAAUUAUUGCUAUUUACAGAGAUUUAUCUUGGGCAGUUUCUCAGAAAGGUCUCAAAUAGAUUUGAAAUCAGGAAGCAAGCAAGACCUUGAGUUUUUAUCUAGAAGGAUGACAAUGGACUCAAUUCUUAUUUUAAAGAUAGAUCUGUGUGUGUCUAUAUAUAGUUCUACAUAACAUAAAUGGAAUUGAAGAUUUGAUACAUUGACAUUUUCAACUUCAGCUUUUCAUUUGUAUAAAGAGUUUGAAAAGCUUCAAAAUUGCAGAGUUGCAUCCCCAGGAGGGAAGUCCUUUAGUUCACAUUGGAUUUUUGUCACGCCUCAUGUCAGUCAUGUUCUUUUACCAAGUGUAACGUGUGGAACUUAUCCUGGGAAAAUGGAGCCCUUGAUACUCAGUGAUUCUCCCAGUGUGGAUGCAAGAGCUGUGGACUGAAAAAUAAUGGUGAAUGCUCUGUGAUUUUGUGUUCAAGAUGCACAGCUUGAGAUCCCACUGCUAUUUAACAUGUACAAGCAUGGUGUAUCCAUCCCUAUGAGGCAUGUUGACUCAGUCUGCAUAUAUUCUAAAAUGUCACCCUUGGGACUUCCUAAUUAAAAAGACUGCAUGGCUUUCUGUACUUCUAGUUGAAACUGCACUCUUGGUGAGAAAGCAUUUCUUCCCUAUCUAGUUGUGGAGUGGUCUGCAGCCUAAGGUAUUCUUUUGCAGUUUAGCAUAGAUCACUCUCUAGAAAAAUCACACAGUGUAAAUGUAUGUACUAAAUGCUGUCAUUAUGUGCAUUUUGAACCUCUCGUGUAACAGCAACAUGAAGUAGACAAUGGUUGUUGUCCACACAGGGUCUGUGUCCAACUGUUUUAAGGAUGGCUGUCAAGUAGUUGGAAUCAUGUGCUGGCUGCAUCUCAGCUCAAUGGUUAAAAUGAGCUUCAGUAAUACAGUUGUAUUAAUUGGAUUUAACAGUCACGUUAAGUAAGAAAAGUUUUGAGUAAAACAUACUUUUGAAGCAGUUUGUCUCUUGGGCAUAAGAACGUAACUCACUUCUCAUAAUUUAUUUUGACUGUGUGGUUAGUUUGGAAGUUGCAUGCUUCUAAGAUAAAAAUCUAUCUUACUAAUACUACCAGUUCUGCUACCAAACACAUAUAUAAGGUAUGGCAUGUUUUUAUUGGAAAGCUCUUGGAUUUUGGUGGUUUUUCCACCCAGCAGUUCUUUUUCUGCUGGCUUUGCUUUAGUGUGCCCGGUGAGGAUUUAUAUGCUAUUUCUGUGUGUAUGAGCAGCUUACACAGUAAGGCUUUACCAAGUUCUGCUCAGGAGGUGGGAAAUGGUUGAGUACCAAGGAGAAUGAUAUGAUUUAAACUGAAAGAGUCAACAGCUUAAACAAAGCUCCAACCCCCUGAGAUGUACCUUUUGGCAAAUAUGGGCAUUUGUUGGGCAAGUCAGGUUUUGCUGCCCCUGUUACCAGCAGUGCUUUCCCACAGGGAUCUAUGCCUCCUGUCCCAGGGGACAAGAAUACCUGAGGUAUGUUUUGUUUUUUUUUUUUUAAAUAAGUAACUCUCCAAGAACAAUUCAAUUGAGGAAAACAAAGAAACGGGACAAAUGAACACCAUUGACACUGAUAUUAAGUACUUUUUUCCUUUGGCUUGCUGCUUCGAUGUUCCUGACUGACAGUACACAAAAUCUGCUAGUAGAGACCGGAUGUGCAGUACCGUGGAAGGGCUCUAUGUUUGUCAUCGUCUCAUCCGCGGCUCUGGGAUUGACUCUCAAGUCAGCAGCAGUAACUGAUUCAAUGACGUUCAGUACCACGAGAGGGAGCUUUGUCACAGCGGAUACAAAAAAGAUCUGCACUUUCGAGCAAAACUGUUCCUACUACUGCGUGUAAACUUCUGGCUAGUGAUUAAAUUUCAUGGGCAUUAGCUGUG